GAAGCGUCCGCGCAUCUGCUAGGUGGAAGGGUUGCCAUGACGAAGACGCCACUCUCCGGUCGAGCUGCGAAGCGGAUUACGCACUUUGCCUUCGCUGUCGGUCGUCGGUCCGGCUUUAGGGAAAGGACGUCGCCUCCCAACCUGAAUUGCGCGGGAAAUAAUUGCAGUGCGAGGCGGAGAGGAAAUCGAGGUGUUUCCUUGUGGCUUUUCCAAUGGCGGUCGUGCGAUCCCGCGCUGAGCUUUACCGUUGGCGACGUUUCAAUCAGCCUCCAUCGCGGCAAAAGACACAGUUUGAUGCUGAUAGUGUAGAGCACUGGAUUAAGCGGGUGGAACAAGCCUCUGAAUUUGCUGUUUCUGAAGCUUUUUCAUUAAAAAAAGCAUCCUGUUCUCGAGGGUUUCGUGGUCCAGUACUGGAUUUGGAAACAACAGAGCAGCUGCUAGAUCAUGAUGAAGCAUAUAUAGAAGCUCAAGAGUUGCUUAAUGACUGGAUGAAUUCAAAAUUGAAACUGGAACUGGCAAGUGAUGAAGACAAUGAUGUUCAGAAUUCAGCAUCUCACUCUGUUCCUUUACAAGAGCCCAUCACUGGCUUUCAGAAGUAUAAAAAAUUUGAUGAUUUCUAUGGUUACGUGGAACAAGAGGUGGAAAGCACCACAGUGCAAGAUUUUUUGCAGCAUCUAUUGCAAAGUGAAAUUGUGAAUAGUGGUAUACUGGAAGACCUUAAAACUAAAGGCAUCAGAGAGAAAAAGAAGCCCAGAGACCUACGAAUUACCAUGGAGCUAAGGCAUAAACAGGUAAAAGAAAAUCGCUUGAGACGGCAGAAGGAGCUUGAAUUUCUAAAACAAGAAAAGGCCUUGAAAAAGUUUGCAGUAUCAGAGGCUCAAAAGCAAUUGCAAGAGGAGAACAAGAGGAAAGCUCUGAAAGCCAAGAAAGAAGAAGAAAAAAUCCAAAAACAGAUGGUAAUACUGCGGAAGGAGUUGGUAGAGAAAAGACAUCUCAUGGAAGAAGCACGGAAAAUGGAAAGGAAGAGACACAAUUUAAAAAAAAUUCAGAGUCUGAUAGAAGUUAGCCUGCCUCCUGCUGGGCUUAUCUAUCUGGAUUGUGACAAUGAAAGACAAAAGAAGGAGAAACAAGCCAAAAAGCAGGAGUUGCUGAGCAAGAUCAACAUUGCUGAUCAGAAGUGCCUACGGAAGUAUUUCUCUGCCUGGCACAAGCUUAUUCUGGAUCUCAGAAUUAAGAUGGGAAAAGCAAGAGCCCUUGCUGACUGGAAGUGCCAGCUGAAGGUUUUGCAAGCCUGGAAAGGUUAUUCCUGGUCUCGCAAACUGGAGAAGGAGACUCAAAAAAUGGAAAAUCAGCUUCGGGAUCAAAAUAGGAAAAAACAGUUGGCUAUAGAAUUUAACCGGAAAUGCAUUUUGCGCCAUUUCUUUGCUGAAUGGCAAUGCUGGAGCCAAUCAGAGGUGGAAAAGAGAGUUCUAGAGGCAAAAAAAGAAAAAACCAGAAGGAAAAUGGCAAAGCUCUUGGAAGAAGUAUCACUGGGGCUACUAACAUCAGAUUUCUCAAGACCUACCGAGAAAAUCUAUGAGACAGAAGUUACCCAGGAUAAACCUGAAAGUAAUACAGAGUUGACUGAAGUACCCUUUGUUCAGAAUGACCCCACAAUUGCAAAAUUUGAAAGAGCAAAUUCCUACUCUCCAGGGACAAGUAGGAAAUGCAAUCUCCGUUCACCAAGUCAACCAAAAUGGGCAUGGCAAGUCACCAGGAAACAUGCUGCUUUGAAUGUUCAGGACCAUGCCAGGUUUGGGAACCAAACAAAGCAUAUCCUGCAGCAUCUUGGUCCUUCGAAACAAAAAAAAUCCCCUGCUGUUUUGAACCCCCUGGAACAGCGACAUCUGAUUGAAGAACAGCAGCGACAGCUUCAAGAGCAGCAAGAGCUGAUCCAUAAACUUCAGGGAACUCGGGGGCUACACACUGCUUGGGAGGAGGCUGAGCAAACCACAACUGCUACUGUGACACUUAACAUUCACACUCCAGAAAUUAAGGAAGAAAAGCAGUUGAGAGAAAAUCAAUCAAAUUCCAAGAAUACUAAACCUGUAAGGUCAGAAAAUCAGCAGCCAGUCACUCAAAGGAGAAGGAUUUUGAAAGUGCUAGUCACACCACAUCCCUUGCUCAAAGCUAUGGAAGAGAGAGCUGUUCAGCGAGCAGAACGGAGGAGGCAAUUGGAAGAAGCAAAGAUAAAGCGAGAAGAGGAGAAACUGGCUGAGAUGCAAGCCAAAGAAGAAGAACGUCAGAGGCAAGAAGCAGCAGAAAAAGAGGCUAAAUUAGAGAAGAGGCGAGAGGAGAAGAGAUUGCAGCAAAUGAAAGAACUGGAAAAACAGAGAAGGCUUGAGAGAGAACAGCAACUUUUAUCCAAAGCUGAAGACCAUUAUAUUAAGGUUCUGCUCAAGAAGCAGGGGUUAGAACCCUGGAAAAGACUUAUAGAACAAUCUGAAGAAAAUAUGGUGAUUGCACAAAGGCAUCACUGUACCAGGUUGCAGCAGAAGUGUCUUCUCGCAUGGCUUCAUCAUAUGCAAGAGAUCCUUUCUAGGAAAAUAGCUCAGGCUGAGGAGCUUUAUUUCUGUCAAUUGCUUAGAAGGUCCUUCAGGAGCUGGAUAAAGUAUAGGGAUUAUAUACUUACUCUGGAAGAGAGUGCAAGCAAAGUCCAUGAAACCGCCCUAAAGAAGAAGUUAUUUGGGGCUUGGCUUGAUUUGGUGAAUGAGGAGAAAAGUACAUUGUGGGAAAAACAAAAGACUGCAGAUCAAUACUACAAUAGGAGAAUGAUACUACUUGCUUUCAGAGCCUGGCAACAGUACCCAGCAGAGAUGAAAGAGGAAAGAGAAAAAGAAGAAAGACUAGGAAAGCUAAGAAAGAGAGUAGCUGAAAUUUUGCCAGAUUUCCAAGCAUGACAGAAGGAUUUCAGCCCAGAAGACAAAUGGAACUUGGAGGAAAAAAAUGUUCAUGUGACAAAUCCUCUAGCUGAGACUGACUCUGUAGCACCAUUUCAGUAAACUCAUCUCUAUGUGCCUUUUUUCCUUCUAUCAACAAUGUGACAGCAUCUUUGGUUUGCAAGGGAAUUCGUACUGAAUGUCUGCUUUGCAAUCAGAAUUGGCCUUAAGAUCAGAAUUUGUCUUUUGCAGUACAGCUGUUGAGAAUCCACAGUGUUAACAUAGUGAUGGUCCUUGCUGUUUACAUACAUCUACAUCAAGACAUUUCUUGUCGUCUAUCCCAAACAGCUGCAAUAUAAAUUCAAAAACAACCAGUUAACCAAUACUAGCUGUGCGUAGUCUUGUCCUUAGCUGCUGGCGAGACAGUUUCCACAUGGUUGGAAUACACUUCCAUGCCCUGUAAUAACAUAAGAUCUUAUGUUAUGUUAUCAAGGGAAGUAGCUUCAAUCCUGCUGUAUGUAAUUGUAAAGGGAGUCCAGAAUUGAUAGAAAAAACUAACAUCAGUAUAAUUAAGUUUGCAGCAGAAAUCUUGCUUCUCAUUUCUGAACAACUUUUCCUCCCUUCUAGAUAAUGUCCUUACUUUUAGUAUCACACAUACCAUAAAACCAGAUCAUAAUUUUAUAAAAUGCUUGGGGAUUACUCAGUUUAAGUAUGCACUUUUAAAGGUAUGGAGGGGUUUUUUGUCCAUCAGCAAUGCAAAGAUUAUUUUACUGUCAGCCAUAUAAUGUGCUUGUUGGUCCUGGCUUUCAUAUUUAACUAUCCCAAAUUUUUUGGUAGUUGAAUAUGACUACUCUGUCAGUUUGGGAUAGAAAGUUUGGCUAUUCUGGGACUGUAUCAGAAAAUUGCUAUAGGAAAAUUUAUAAUUAAUAUGCUGCCAGUUAUCAGACAGUAGGUUUCAGGAGUUAUAGUUCAAAUGCUUGGUGCAGCUGAGAUGAUUAAUAUAAUCUUAUAUAUACCAUUUUAUAUUCAUGUUUUAAUUACUAUAAACCAUCAUAUCCUGAAUGUAUAUGUGGGCUUUUUCUCUACUGAAGAAGUUGGUUGGCUGUACUGCAUCUAAAAUUGUCCAAAUAUUAUAA